AUUCCGACGGAGACGCUUUGUUUUUUAUUUCAUUUGUUAUAUAAAUAUAAAGAUGUUAUGUUUACGCUAUUGUGUAGUUGUAAUUGUUCAGUUUUACUUGACAAGUGCUAAGUUUUUUGAUCCAGAGUGGGAUAUGCCGACUGAGGUGGAACUGAACAAAUAUUUGAGUGUCGUUGAAGAUACCGUCGAUUAUUGUUAUAGAAAUAAAAAUAAAACAGAUAUUAAUUCUGCAUUUGGUUUAUUCAUGGCUAAAGUAAAUCUGGCUCAUGUUCGUCGAAAGGGAAGAGAUCUUCCAAAAAAUAUGGAUAAAAGACUAAUAACACUUACACUGAAAACCGAUGAGAUUUUGAAUGUAAUCAAGAGGAAAUAUGAAGUGAGUAGAAAGGUCAGGGCAUUGAAUUUAAUGAGUCUAUUCAACAAUGCAACAAAUUGGGGUGAAAACCUUUCCAAAUUUGACUAUACGGUAGAAAUGCAAUAUCCACUUGCCCAAUUAGAAGAAAUGUAUUCCCCUUUUAAUCUGUACUUGGAAAAAGCAGACAAAUAUUUUAUGUGGGUCCCGUCUCCUGAAUCUUCUGAUGAGUGUAUGGAGUCUCUGGCUAAAAACCCAACAAAUCGGAGUCCUUUUUCCAAGAGAUGUGACAUCAGGAAGUCUUGUUACGAUAUUGUAAAGAGAGGGACGGACUUUGGUUAUGCUUUAGCACACAGACUCUUGAUCUUACUAGCUGCUCGUCUUGGGCGCGGUUGCACAGUUUUCUCUCAGCACGAAGAUAGAGCACUGGUAAAACAGUUCUGUUCUAUGGCCCAUGCUGAAGCGGCUUACAUUGCUGAAAAUAACUACGGAUUUAUCGAUCUAUUUAUGGAAAUCAUUGGUCUCUGCUCUAUCGACGGUCACGCCCAAUUUCUUCAUCGUAUUUGGCUAGAUAAUAUGAUGACAUUUCAAACACCAGAUGGUUGUUUCCAAGAAGUAUAUUAUAAAAAGGAGAACAUAGAGGAUAUACGCCGAUCACUCGUAUGGACUCGAGUGUAUAAUUUCAAGAAUAUCCUGAAAGGCGGAUGCGUUGAACAUACGACUGCCGUGGCUGCUGUGGCGUUCUCUGCUGCUGUUAGAUUUAUUGUAGAACAAUAUUACUGAAUGAAAUAUCACUAAUCACUAUACACUUGAGUAAACGUAAUAUUAUUAUGUAUCUACUUACAUUAGCUGAUUUCUUUUUAUAAGCGUUCCGGUACUACGUUGUGUAGAAACCAAUAGGGGUGUGGAACCAAUAGAAAAGAAAGAAAGAAAGAAAAAUGUUUUAUU